AUGGAAACCGAUCUUUCAGUCCCCGUUUCUCCAGCCUUUCUCAAAGUAACCUGGGCACGAGCGCAAGUCUGUUCCCGAGUCUUCACUCCAAGCUUGCCACGCAGCGUGACCCCCAAAUUCUCGGGGCGAUGGGCCACGCGCGCCGCUCGCUUAGCCCUCCAGGUGGCUCCAGCCGCUGACCCGCCCACUGCGCCCCGCCCCGUGCGCCCUUCUGCAGACCCGCCGCGCUCCGCCCCGCUUGCCCGGCCGCUGCGUCCGGCGGCCUUGUCUUUGGGCUGCUCUCGCGGCUUCCGAGGUGGGAGUGGCAGCCAGUCCAGUCUCCAUGGUGACACGGCGUCCCUGCAGGCUCGCAGCUCCGAAAUCUCAGCGAGUGGCGAGCAGAGCUGGUCCUCCCGGUCCACCUUUCGCGGGAUCGUGGUGGUCGGAUCUCCCGCGGGUAAGCAGCCCCGCAGUGACAUCCCCGUGAGCGCCGGAACCCAGCCCUCCCUUGGGACCACAGCUGAGUGCCCCCCUCCCCCUCCACAAACUUCUCUGCCCCAGCAGGUUGGAGCUCCGGGGCCGCCCGGUUGCCAAAGCACCGCCGGAGAAGAAAACAGUAGCAGAACUGAUCUUUUAAGUAUUGAGUAUCCAGAACUAAAUCCCAACAUUUUCCUAAGAAUUCCACUGGACCCACUCCAGAGUUCUAGAGUCUCCCACUCCUGCCCAGCAGUAAAGCUGCACCCUCAGACUGUGUUCCCUCCUUCUCUGGCCAAGCAGUCUCACAUUGCACUUACAGACUGGCUCAUUUGUGAGUACAUGCUCAGGACUGUCCUUGCCAAACCAGGCCAUAGAAACUAUCUAGACAAGAAAGAUGUUGUGAAGGCACCCAAAAACAGACAAAAUGGGAGAUUGCUAGUGUUUGAUCCAAAGGAUCAUUCAGUGAUUGAACCAAAUCAAGCAAUGUCAGACAAAUACUACUUUGGAUGCAGACCAAGAUUGGCAAGUAAGCUUUAUACUUCACCAGCACAAGUGUCUCCAAAUGCGAAGACACUCUCACCAAAAAAGGAAGUCUCUUCAAAGAAGAACAAAGAUAAAAUCUCUUUCAAAAAUACUGAAAAUAAAAUACCUUCAAAGAGUACUGAAAGUAAAGAUAUCAUAACAAACAGACACUCUGAUCUGUCGUCAUCUUCCUUCAGGAAAGAAAGCACAGGUAAAGCAGGUAAGGAUGCAGUCCUUGCCAAACAGGAGAAAAAUAAUGAAGAUUGCCUUCAGGAUACUAAUGAUAAGUUCUCAGAUUCAACAGAUAGUGAGGGUGAAGAUGAUACCAACGAUGAAGAUGACAAAGGUAGUAAUACUAAAAAGGAGUCUCGAGCCCCGCUAGAGUUAAUGGCAGAAUUCCUGAGAGCAGAAAUGGGCCGAGACUACCAGCUAGCAAAGAAAUUAUGUCAGAUGAUCUUAAUCUAUGAACCAGAAAAUCCUGUGGCCAAGGAGUUUUUCUCGCUUAUUGAAGAAAUAUUGCUGAAGGAGAAAACUCAGACCCAUCAGGAGGAUGAAGAAGACAGCAAAGAGGACAGUAGUAGUGAAAGCGAAGGAGAAAACAGCAAGGACGCAAGUGACUACAGCUCAGACGAAUGUGACGAGUCCUAAAGGCCACUGCUGUGCAGAAUUAUUUUCAAGAGUGUAUCAUGCAAAUAGAAAGAAGAGAGCCACAGUUUCACAUGAUUGUGCUUUAUUGGAAAAAGAGUUCAAGUUACCUGUAUUCUUUCUUUGGGCUCCUUCGUCAUGUUUAAAAUUUUGGU